AUGACCGCCUGUUUUCUACUCGGCAGCGCCUUCGCAUACAACCUGCUCAUGAGUGUUUACCGUCUUCACAUCCAUCCGCUCAGCCGAUUCCCCGGUCCCCGACUGGCUGCCAUGACGGGGCUAUAUGAGAUAUACUUCGCAGCGUGGGGGGAUGGAUCCUUUGACCACGAAAUCCGCCGACUGCAUCAGGAAUACGGACCCGUGGUCCGCAUCACACCAGACGAGGUGCACGUCCAAGAACCACCGAGGAGUUUAACUGACGGCUGGGUCAAAGGAACUGCCACCGGAGAGGUGCGAGAAAAGCAACGAACACGCGAUCGAAGCACAAGCACCCAGCAGCACCCACAGCGACUAUUCCUCAUCCGCAAACGACGAGUCUCCCAAGUCCGCUCCCUCCUCCUCCGCGUCGAAGUCGACCAUCUCCUGGCGAGCCUCGUGCAGAAACACCGCGUGCACCGGGUG